AUUAUUCUAGCAUCACGGCAGCAGGUUUCCGCUAAGUUUGGAGUUACUCGUGUUACCACAACUGUAUGCCUGCCUGAAGGUGGUUAGAAACAGGGGCUCAGCAGCACAAGGAGUCUGCAUGUCUGCUUAGACAUGCUCAGCUUUGUGGAUAUCCGGAUCCUGUUGCUGCUUGCAGUAACUUCAUACCUAGCAACAUGUCAAUACACGGGUAGAGCCAAGGGGCCCAGAGGAGAGAAAGGACCUCGAGGUGACAGGGGUCCCAAGGGCCCAAAUGGAAAAGAUGGCAAACCCGGACUCCCUGGACCCGCUGGCCCACCUGGUCCCCCUGGACUCGGAGGAAACUUUGCUGCUCAGUAUGAUGGUGCAAAAGCUCCCGACCCCGGCCCCGGACCCAUGGGCUUGAUGGGACCCAGAGGACCUCCCGGACCUUCCGGACCCCCUGGAUCUCAGGGACACACAGGACAUGCUGGUGAGCCCGGAGAGCCCGGACAGACUGGCCCAGUUGGUGCCCGUGGACCCCCUGGACCUCCCGGGAAAUCCGGAGAAGACGGUAACAACGGCAGACCCGGCAAACCUGGCGACAGAGGCGCUCCUGGACCUCAGGGUGCUCGUGGAUUCCCCGGAACUCCUGGACUUCCAGGAAUGAAAGGACACAGAGGUUACAAUGGUCUGGAUGGACGUAAGGGAGAGCCUGGUACCGCUGGCCCCAAGGGGGAGAACGGCGCUCCCGGAGCUGCUGGAAGUCCUGGACUGGCUGGAUCUCGUGGUCUGCCCGGUGAGAGAGGUCGCCCCGGCCCCGCCGGCCCUGCUGGUUCUCGUGGUGCUGAUGGCAACGUUGGACCCGCCGGCCCCGCUGGUCCCAUCGGUGCUGCUGGACCCCCAGGCUUCCCCGGUGGCCCCGGCCCCAAGGGAGAGAUCGGACCUGCUGGAGCUAACGGCCCAUCUGGACCUCAGGGAUCUAGAGGAGAGCCUGGACCCAAUGGUGCCGUUGGCCCCGUUGGACCCCCUGGUAACCCUGGUGCUAAUGGCCUGAAUGGAGCCAAGGGAGCAGCUGGCGCCCCUGGUAUCGCUGGAGCGCCUGGCUUCCCUGGACCCAGGGGAGGACCUGGACCCCAGGGACCUCAGGGUGCUACUGGACCAAGAGGCCUGUCUGGAGAUCCUGGUGUUCAGGGUGUGAAGGGAGACGGCGGACCCAAAGGAGAGCCCGGUAACGCUGGACCUCAGGGAGCCCCCGGACCUCAGGGUGAGGAGGGCAAGAGAGGACCCACCGGUGAGGUUGGCGCCACCGGACCUGCCGGUGGCCGUGGAGCCAGAGGCGCCCCCGGAAGCCGUGGCCUGCCUGGCUCUGAGGGAAGAACUGGACCGAUUGGUAUGCCCGGUGCUCGCGGUGCUACUGGUGCCGGUGGACCCCGUGGACCUCCUGGAGAUGCUGGCCGUGCUGGUGAGCCCGGCCCAGCUGGUGCCAGGGGUCUGCCUGGUAGCCCCGGAAGUGGUGGACCCCCAGGAAAGGAGGGACCCGCUGGUCCCUCUGGACAAGAUGGCCGCGGUGGACCUCCUGGCCCCACUGGACCCAGAGGCCAGCCUGGAAACAUCGGAUUCCCCGGACCCAAAGGACCUGGCGGUGACCCUGGCAAGCCUGGAGAGAAGGGAGCCACCGGCCCCACUGGACUGAGAGGAGCCCCUGGACCCGAUGGCAACAACGGAGCAAGUGGUCCCGCUGGACUGACUGGCGGUCCUGGUGAGAAGGGAGAGCAGGGACCUUCAGGAGCUGCCGGUUUCCAGGGUCUGCCUGGACCCGCCGGAUCUGCUGGAGAGGCUGGCAAGCCCGGAGACAGAGGCAUCCCCGGAGACCAGGGAGCGUCUGGACCUGCUGGAGCCCGGGGAGAGCGUGGAACCCCCGGAGCUGCUGGAUCUGCUGGACCUCAGGGAGCAAUUGGAACCCGUGGACCUGCUGGACCCCCUGGAGCUGAUGGUGGCAAGGGAGAGCCUGGUGCUGCUGGAGCUGCUGGUGGUCCCGGACCUCAGGGACCUAGUGGCAUGCCCGGUGAGCGCGGAGGUGCUGGUACUCCUGGACCCAAGGGAGAGAAGGGAGAGACCGGACACCGCGGCCCCGACGGUAACCCCGGCAGAGACGGCGCUCGUGGUCUGCCUGGACCUGCUGGACCCCCCGGACCCACCGGAGCCAAUGGUGAUAAGGGAGAGAGUGGUGGUUUUGGACCUGCUGGACCCGCCGGACCCCGUGGAGCCUCUGGCGAGCGUGGAGAGGUUGGCCCUGCCGGAGCUCCCGGAUUCGCUGGACCCCCUGGUGCUGAUGGUCAGCCUGGAGCAAGAGGAGAGCGUGGACCUUCCGGAGUAAAGGGAGAAGUUGGUCCCUCCGGCCCUGCUGGACCCGCUGGACAGUCUGGACCUCCUGGUCCCUCUGGUGGUGCUGGACCUGCUGGUGCUCGUGGAGACACUGGUCCCUCUGGUCUGACUGGUUUCCCUGGUGCUGCUGGCAGAGUCGGCCCUGCUGGACCUGCUGGCAUCGCUGGACCUCCCGGUGCUGCUGGACCUUCUGGCAAAGACGGACCUCGUGGUGCCCGUGGUGACUCCGGUCCCGCUGGACCUUCCGGUGAACAGGGAAUGGUUGGCCCACCUGGUCCACCUGGAGAGAAGGGACCUUCUGGAGAGUCUGGUCCUGCUGGUCCACCUGGAGCUCCUGGAACCUCUGGUCCUCUCGGACUUCAGGGAUUCGUUGGUCUUCCUGGCGCUAGAGGUGACCGUGGUUCUCCUGGUGGUGCUGGUGGAGUGGGAGAGCCUGGUAGAGUUGGACCUCCUGGCCCCGCUGGAGCCCGUGGACCCGCUGGCAACAUCGGUCUGCCCGGUAUGACCGGACCUCAGGGAGAGGCUGGACGUGAGGGUAGCCCUGGUAACGAUGGACCCCCUGGUCGUCCUGGAGCCCCUGGAUUCAAGGGAGACCGUGGUGAGCCUGGAUCUCCUGGAGCCAUGGGACUCGCUGGUGCCCCAGGAGCUGCUGGACCCACCGGAGCUGCUGGCAGACCAGGAAACCGUGGAGAGAGUGGCCCAGGAGGUGCUACAGGACCCGCUGGCCCCGCUGGAGCUAGAGGCGCUGCUGGACCCGCUGGACCCCGUGGUGAGAAGGGAGGCGCCGGAGACAAGGGAGAGAGAGGCAUGAAGGGUCUGCGUGGACAUCCUGGUCUGCAGGGAAUGCCUGGACCUUCUGGACCAUCUGGAGACAGUGGACCUGCUGGAGCAACCGGACCUGCUGGACCCAGAGGACCCGCUGGACCCCACGGACCCCCUGGUAAGGAUGGCAGAUCUGGCGGCCAUGGCACAAUUGGCUCUCCUGGUGCUCGCGGACCCCCUGGAUUCUCUGGACCCGCUGGUCCCUCUGGACCUCCCGGUCCCCCCGGACCUCCCGGCCCCUCUGGCGGUGGAUAUGAUGUCUCUGGAUACGAUGAGUACAGAGCCGACCAGCCUGCUCUGAGAGCCAAGGACUACGAGGUUGAUGCCACCAUCAAGUCACUCAACACUCAGAUUGAGAACCUGCUCACUCCCGAGGGAUCCAGAAAGAAUCCUGCCCGCACCUGCCGCGACAUCAAGCUCAGCCACCCCGACUGGAGCAGCGGAUACUACUGGAUUGACCCCAACCAGGGCUGCAUCAACGAUGCCAUCAAGGUCUUCUGCGACUUCACCACCCGUGAGACCUGCAUCAAUGCCGUCCCUGGAACCAUUGCCAAAAAGAACUGGUACAGAAGCACCGAGAACAAGAAGCACGUGUGGUUUGGAGAGACCAUCAAUGGCGGCACUGAGUUCACUUACAACGACGAGACCCUCAGCCCCCAGAGCAUGGCCACCCAGCUGGCCUUCAUGCGCCUGCUGUCCAACCAGGCUAGCCAGAACAUCACCUACUACUGCAAGAACAGCAUUGCCUACAUGGACGGUGGCAGUGGCAGCCUGAAGAGCGCCGUGGUGCUGCAGGGCUCCAACGACGUGGAGCUCAGAGCUGAGGGCAACAGCCGCUUCACCUACUCCGUGCUGGAGGACGGCUGCACUACACACACUGAUGCAUGGAGCAAGACAGUGAUUCUGUACAAUACAAAUAAACCAUCUCGCCUUCCCAUCCUCGACAUUGCACCUAUGGACAUUGGUGGAGCUGAUCAGGAGUUUGGUUUGGACAUUGGCCCAGUCUGUUUCAAAUAAAUAGACUCAUGAUAAAUUAACACCGAAAAGAGAGAAAGAACGAAAAAAAACAAAAAAUCUCUGCCCUUCUUUCUGUGUUGUUUUUUUUAUACUGAAAUGCUGAUUUCUCUCUGCACAUCCACUUGCUUAAGAUGGGCAACUAUCGGAGAGGACUGAACGGACUGAACGGAGCGUUUGUGCAAUGCAAAUUAAUACAGAAACCCAAGGGGACGCGGGAAAACACCUUGUUGUGGGACAACAUGUCAUCAUUUUGUAAAAAAUAAAAGAAGUGUAAUAAAAACGCUGAAAGUAUGCAUCACUUUGUGGUCUUUGUAUAUCUUCCAAAGAGGAGGUUUAAAACCACAAUUUCCAUGAAAAAAGGUUUAAACUACCUCAUGCCUGUACUUAGAGAAAAUACUAUUGACGAAACCUGGGUCCACAACCGAGAUGUUCAGACUUCUAAUGCUUCAAGUUAUGUCCCGUAUCGGAAGGUGCUCAUUCACUUGAAGCAGAGAUCUAUGGUGCUAAUGCAGCUGUGGAGCAAACCACUUUUUUACUGUAUUACUUUGUAUUGGACUUUGAGGAGUCGUGCAUUCAUUUCCUGAUAACUCCCAUUUUAAGCAGGUGGAAUGUUUCUAAAUCUGAUGUCUGUUCUUUUGUUGUUUUGUUUUUUUUUUUUUUUCUAUCAGUUUUUUUUUUGUUUUGUUUUGUUUUUUUGUUUAGGCUUUUUCACUCUUUUUAAUCCCAUCCUUAGUGUUCAUUCUGACAGGAACUUCUCCCACUUCUGAAUGGUUUUUAGGCGGCCUCUCUCUUUCAACAACAACAAAAAAAAAUGACACCACAAAGUCUAUUGUACCUAUUUUGUAUAUGUGAGAUGUUUAAAUAAAUUGUGAAAAGUUCUGAAAUAAAGCAUGUCCAAUGUUCCAAAACA